AUUUAUGCUCGCUAACUAGGGCACUUCAUAGGGACACGAGAUGCAUUUAGGUUGCGGCCGCUUGUAUUUGAUAGUUUACAUGGCUGUUUGGUUGUUGUGUUUGAGGCUUAAUUUCGUUUAACAGAAUUGGAUUAUGAACUCAUGCUAUGAGCAGGCGGAAUGGAAAAGACAGACUGUCCGGAUGCAAAUCCUUCCAUCCCUGAUGAGCUCUCACUUAUCGAGGGUGUCAGUGACCCGGUGCUGCUUGUGGUCAUCCUGUGUGUGACGUUCCUGGCUUGUCUGGCCACACUGCUGUGCAGGAAUGAGCAGCAGAGGAUCCACCCCGAGAAUCAAGAGCAAGUCCGAGCAGUUCGGCAGCAGCUACAGACUGAGCAGGAAGCAGCAUCCCCAUCACAGAGACAUCAGUACUACUCAGACAUGUCCUGUCCGGUGUGUCUCCAGCAGGCCGUUCUCCCCGUGGAGACUAACUGUGGUCAUCUUUUCUGUGGUUCCUGUAUUAUUGCCUACUGGCGCUACGGCACGUGGCUCGGAGCCAUCAGCUGUCCCAUCUGCAGACAAAUAGUGACUCUGCUGUUCCCGCUUUUCCGUGGCACGGAGCAGAGAGCUCAGACGCAAGGAGACGGACAGCCCUACGCGAACCAGAUCCUCGACGAUGUCAACGAUUACAACCGCAGGUUCUCGGGACAGCCCAGAUCUCUCCUGGACCGUUUGCGUGACGUCCCCACUCUCCUCCGCCAUGCCUUCAGGGAGAUGUUCUCUGUCGGCGGACUCUUCUGGAUGUUCCGUAUCCGGAUCCUGUUGUGCCUGGUGGGGGCGCUGACCUACCUAGCCUCUCCGCUCGACUUCAUUCCCGAGGCUCUGUUCGGCUUGCUCGGCUUCAUGGACGACUUCUUCGUCAUCCUCCUCCUCUUUAUCUACAUCUCUAUCAUGUACAGGGAGGUGGUGACACAGAGGCUGAACGGCUGAGCGCAACACUCAACUGUGAUCAGUUUUAAAGGGUUUACAGUUUUAUCACUGUGUGUGUGUGUGUGUGUGUGUGUGCGUCGACGAGUGAGCGUCAUAUAAUAAUCAGCUUAGAUAAGCGAGCUCAGUUCCUUAUCAAAUACAUGCUGCAUGUAGGAGGUUUGUUUGUUUGUUUGUUUGUUUGUUUGUUUGUUUUUGUUUGUUUGUUUUUCAGUAGAAAUGAUCUUGAUUGGCUGGCAGGAGUCAACGAAACAAAGCUAGCGAUAUCACAUUACGCAAGCGCUGAGUAAGAUAUCGACAUCACUGAAACGCUAGCUCAUACCGACAGCUUUUCGCUAGCGCUAAUGUCUAAUUCACAUCGUUAUGACUUUUAGGUUUGUGUGGGAAUUUCUAGUUAAGUGUCAUAAAAUGAAUUAAAUCCCUAAUAUGUUUGUUACAGAGGCUCUAUAUCUUAACCGGUCUACGUUGGUAAUAAGUCAGUUUAUAGGGGCGAUUUGUCAUCUUUAGAGCUUUUUUUUUUUUUUUUGCUUUGUUUAUAAUUUGUGUUUUGUGGUGUUUUUUAUUGAAAUUUUUUUUUCUAGAAAAAAAAAACCUGCUUAAAUCUGUGAAAUUGCAUUUCUCAUUCGCUAACUAGGAUGUUUGAGUUUCAAGAUCAGCAUUGAACCAGUCAUGAUUAUUUCUGUAAACAUUUCAAUAACGAAACCUCCGUUUUUAGUUUCUAAAACUUUGUGGUUAAAACCAUGAUGAUCCGAAAUGCCAUGGAUUUACAUAUCAUAUUUAAAUAUUAUAUUUACGUACGAUCUUUACGUAUUAUAUUCCAAUUGUACAUUUUGUAUUACCCUUGCCAUGAUAUUUGGCAUGUUUCUCAUCCAUAGCAUCAUACAUAAGCACCUCAUAAGGUACUUAUAAAUAUAUAUAACCUUAAAAACUAAAUGACACGAACGCAUACGUUCUUUGUUUGAGUAAACAUUUAAAGCUAUAGUUAAUGUUUCAAUUUAUAACAUAAUAACUAUUACUUUUUUCCGAAAGUGCUUAUAAAGGCUUUAUGCAGCUUUAUACUCUACACACUAUCCUUAAAUGUUUACACCUCAAAACUUUAUUUUUUUAUUUUAUUUUUUUUUUAAUAAAUUUAAAAGAUAUAAUCUAAUAUUUUAUUCACGAAUUUUCCUGAUGGCUCAAAGCUAACGAUCUGCCGUUUUCUGCUUCUCGACGUCAUGAUGAAGAAAAUAAACUUCUAUAACAGGAAGAAAUGACAGAUUAAAUACAAUGUGUGAACCCAUGUCAUUUAAGAGCUUCUUUGGCUGUCAUAGUUCACGCACCGCAAGUGGAACUGGGCCACAAAAUCACAUUUCUGAUAUAACCUGAAAGGCUAAGCUGUGAAUUCGUAUUAAUGCGUAGGCAGAACGCGGCGGGUUUAAAAAGUCAUCUUUCCACCAGCGCUUGAAGCAGAAUGGAAAGAUCGCUUCCACAGAAGAUGAGACUGCUUUCAUGCGAAAUGCUCAGAUGGGCACUGGGGAAAACCAGAACAGCGCAGACAAAAACAAUUAAGAAUCUUCCAGAACCUUGAGCAGCUGGGAGUUUCCAUAAAAAAAUAAAUAAAUAAAAAAAAAAGACUUAAAAGUUUGGGUGAAUAAAAAGAAAGAAAGAUCCCUUCUGUUUCGGGACGUGUAGAAACCCUGCGCUUAUACAUUGAUUUGCAGUUAAAUUUAAAUGAGUCAGAAAAUUGUAACUUAACAGGAUGUUUGUUUUGGGGGAACGAGGGUUGAUAAGGGCUUAAUGACGCCCACGUAAGCCCUUUAAGACAAGAACCGUAUUUCCGUCCAAAUGUUUAUUAAGUCUCGUUACAUUACGGAAGGCAUCAUCACUUAAAAAAAGAUUCGAUUAUUUUAUUUACUUUAGUUAAAGACUGCUUUAUUUCAAGGUGACACAGAACCUACGUCAAGUGACAUAGAUCUAUUAGAGAAAGAGAAAAUCCUCUCAAUUUGAUGAAUCUGCUUCUGAACGUUUCAGGAAGACUUAUAACAUUAUUAUGACAAAGCCAUGACAGCACUCUGUACUUUCUCUGGCUUUCAAUUUGAGUUUUUGGUGUUAUGAUGCCUUAUAACAGCCAUUUGUCAACACAGCUAUAUGUCACUUAAUGCAGGUGUUACAAAGGUCAACACUUUAUACAGUAUGAACUGUAAUGACAGCAAUCAGAGUAAGCAUUUAUAAUUACAGAAUACAUUAUGUCACUUAUUUCAGAAAAGGCUUAUGUAGGUUUUAUGUCACCCAUAUGAACACUAAACGUUUAAAGGAAAAUUUGCUCAUAAUCAUUAUGAAAAUGCUGUUUAUUUUAGUUAUAAUGCGUAAUCCAGUGUUUUGCCAGUUACUGCUCUGCUGAUGGCUGGAGAGUGAGCUGUGUACCGCAUGCACACUUGUGUUCAUAAGGCAGUACUGAUAUGAUUAUAAGCAGGCAUCAUUCUAAAUAAUAAAUAACACUCAUGAUGCCCUAAUGAACACAUUUAAGGCCAGGGUUAUUCUGUUGUAUCCUAAGCCGUACCAGAUGAUCGAGAUCCACUCAGUAACCGUGCUACAGAUCAUCCAUGUGAUAUAUCCUGGUGUCUGAAAAACAAAGCUCAUGAAGCUGUGGAUCUUUUGCACAACAUGCUGUGCCUUGACUCUGAGACAACCACUGGAUCGGGAACUUGACUGAACAAACCAUUACAAAUAAAAUAUUUGCAACAACGA